ACAAGGUAUAAAUGAUUACUUUUCCAUAGCCACCAGUUUUGUUGCGAUAGGUUAUGUUGCAGAUCGGCUACGCCGCCACAAGCACAGUGGCGCUUGUCAUCUUAUCUUCCACCUUCUCUCUCCCUUUCCCUCUCGCCUUCCCCUUGCCUGUCUACCAUAUAAAGCGCAAGCUGCGCACGAAUAAACGUUGAUUACCAGCCGCUAUCGUCACGUUCUUGUGGCGUCGUAACAGUGGCGACGACGAUGCGAUAGUAUAUCUUCCGCUGCUCUGUCGGCAGACAUGGUCAGCUAUGCAGUUCCGCCGCAGUUCGACGAGGCCGUUGACAAAUGGCCCGCUUACCAAAUCCGUCUGGAGGCGUUCUUCGAAGGCAACGGGGUGACAGACGGGAAGAAGAAACGCGCCUUACUCGUUGCAGCGCUGAGUACCAACACCGUGGACGUCAUCAGCGGACGCUGUGCUCCAGCAAAGGUAAAUGAGCUUCCGUACAGCGAAGUGGUCAGCCUUCUGCAGCAACAUUUCUCGCCAAAACUGAACGAAACGGCCCAGUCGUAUAAGUUCUUCUCCCGCAACCAGCUGCCGGGGGAACCGGUAAGAGACUUCGUUGUGGCCAUCCGACAAAUAGCAGACACGUGCAACUUCGGGGACACAUUGGACCGGAUGCUGAAGGAUCGGAUAGUCUGCGGCCUCCAAAAUUCAACGGUGCGUCGGCAACUUUUGGCUAAGCCGUUCUUGACGAGAACCGAAGCCGAGGAAGUCGCCGUAGCAGCAGAAAUGGCGGAAGAAAAUGUAAAGGAAAUGCAACGCGCCACGACAGAGGAUGGGGGCGUGCACGCCGUGGGAAGCAGGACGGCAAGGCAGAAAUGGCGGGAGACUGAGUCGCCGUGUUCCAGGUGUGGCAAAGGGGGACACCAGCCAGACGCGUGCCGUUUUCGGUCAGCGCAAUGCUACAACUGCCGCCAACGAGGUCAUAUCGCCAAGGCUUGUUUCCGUCGCGCCGACAGACCAGUCACCGCGUCAACAAGGCCAACCCCACAGCACGUCAAUGCACUGGCCCCGCGGGAUGAACAAGAGUGGGAUACCAGAACAGAGGGCCUGUUCAUGUUGGGGGCGUCAAUGGAACACGUCGGGCACAUCGAGACCACUCAGCCUAUUGCGGGUACCUUCGACUGGGGGGGCGUGCCUGUCAACAUGCAACUCGAUACGGGGUCUCCGGUGUCGGUCAUCACGUGGCCUACCUACAUGCGGCACAAAGCUGCGUGGCCGAGCCUCCAGGAUUCUCCUCUGAAGUUGACUUGUUUCCUCGGAAAACUACCAGUGCGCGGGCAGCUGAAGCUCAAGGUGGCCUUGGGAGACCAAGCCAGGGAAGGAACACUGACUGUCCUGGGCUGCUCCGGCCCCAACCUGUGUGGACGCGACCUCAUACACGCAUUCGACCUGCUGGAGAUGCCGGUACUCAGCGUAGCAACAGAAGGCCGUACCGGCGAUGGCCGCGGGGCGGAUCCAACGGUGGGCUCUGCUGCUGGGGGCCUACAACUACGUCAUCCAGCACAAGGACGGCAAAGCCAAUAUUCCGGCCGACGCACUCAGCCGGCUUCCAGCGUCUGGAUCAGCACCCCCUGAAUCGGCGGAAGACGAGGAUGGCUGUGAGUAUGUUCUCCUCACUGAAAGCCUCAACGAUGGCGCCUUGUCGGCUAAGCAGUUGGCCGUUUUGACGGCGGAAGAUGAUGGUUUCGCAAAGGUGCGGAAGUGGGUACAGGAAGGCUGGCCCUCUCGUCUAGCACUAGAGGACAGCCAUUUAAAACCCUACUUUGACAGGAGAGACGAGAUGACUGUUAGCCAUGGGCUUUUGUAUUGGGGCCAUCGCGUGGUUGUGCCGCAGGUUGCCAGACCAGCAAUGCUACGACUACUGCAUGAUACGCAUCAGGGAAUGGGCUCCAUGAAGACGCUAGCUCGCUCAAUGCUGUGGUACCCGUGCAUUGACCAAGAUAUUGAGCGACUCGUAAAGACGUGCCAUAUUUGUGUGCAGGCCGCACCGAUGCCACCUAGACAAACACCUGUUCCGUGGCCGGAGACGGGGCGACGCUGGUCCAGAUUGCACAUCGAUUUUGCGGGACCAGUGGAUGGUUUUAUGUUGUUAGUUGUGGUAGAUUCACACACGAAGUGGAUUGAGGCGGUGCCCAUAAAAAGUGCCAAUGGGGUUUCUACGGUUGAGGCGUUGCGAACGGUAUUUAGCACCUUCGGGUUGCCAGAAACCAUUGUAUCUGACAAUGGCCCACAGUUUACAUGUGAAGAGUUUGGAAAGUUUCUGCGGCUCAAUAACAUCGUUCACCUUCGUACGGCACCUUACCACCCCCAGUCUAAUGGGCUGGCGGAGCGCGCCGUCCGUACAGUGAAACAGGGACUUAAAAAAAACAAGCAAGGGUCGCUGCAGACUCGUCUAGCAAGGGUGCUGCAUCAGUACCGUCGGACACCUUCCGCAGGUGGCAAGACCCCGGCCAUGCUGCUAAUGGGAUACGAGCUGCGCUCAAGGCUAGAUAAUGCGGUCGUACCCCCACCAUCACGAGUCAACGAUCGGAACGACACUUAU